AUGCUGUUCCUAUUCUCUGUUUUUGCAAUUGUUGGUGCUGCUCUUGCAAAGCCUGGACGCGUCAGGCCUCGUGGUGACAUUAACCACGAUGCAGUUGUCGGCUUUGACGAAACAGUCCCUGGCACAGUCAUUGGUGAUUUGAUGCUGAAGUACAAGCCAUAUCUCUACGUCGUUGACGGUUGCGUUCCAUUCCCCGCGGUAGACACGGAUGGCGAUACAAGCGCGGGCCUUGCUCCCUCGGGAGACCCGUCAGGAGACUGCGACUCCAGUACUGGUCAGGUCUAUGCUCGUGCGGAAUCGUACAAUGAAGCUUUCGCCAUCAUGUACAGCUGGUACUUCCCCAAGGACGAGCCGUCGUGGCUGGAAUCUGUUGUUGGGAUCGGUCACAGGUAUGAUUGGGAAGGUAUCGUGGUCUGGCUAUCUGACGAUACAGCCGAUGGCACUCUGUUGGGUGUUGCUGCUUCUUAUCAUGGCGACUACGAGACGUCAAAGACACCUGAUCUAAGCGGCAGUGGGCCGUUGAUAAAAUAUUACACGGCGUACUCCAUCUUGGACCAUUCGAUGGGAUUCACCGAUACGGUCGGCGGCCAGCAGCCACUGAUUGCUUGGGACUCGAUGCCCACAGUUGCACAAGAGGCUCUCGCAAACAAGGAUUGGGGCGAUGCCAAUGUGCCUUUCAUUGACUCCAACUUUGAGUCAAACUUGGCUAAGGCAGUGCUAUGA